UAUGUGUGUGUGACAGCCAGCGCAUUGUCUCAGUAGGGAUACAGCCACCUAACGUUAUAUAAAAAGAUUUCUGAUCAGAAGAUAUACAGUAGUUGCAGAACAUCGGUAACUCACGCAAAUACAAAAUUGCUGCCAAUAUCUGGAACUGACAUUGGGGAUAUUGGAUUUAUUAUCCAAUCAUGGGAAACAGAGAUGAUGAAUACGAUUUCUUGUUCAAAGUGGUGCUGAUUGGGGACUCUGGUGUUGGAAAGAGUAACCUGCUGUCUCGCUUCACUCGGAAUGAGUUCAACCUGGAGAGCAAAAGCACCAUCGGAGUGGAGUUUGCCACACGCAGCAUUCAGGUGGACAGUAAGACAAUAAAGGCUCAGAUCUGGGACACAGCUGGACAGGAGCGCUACAGGGCCAUCACGUCAGCGUAUUAUCGGGGUGCAGUUGGCGCUUUGCUGGUGUAUGACAUCGCCAAGCACCUGACCUAUGAGAAUGUGGAGCGCUGGCUGAAGGAGCUGAGGGACCAUGCCGACAACAACAUCGUCAUCAUGCUGGUGGGCAACAAGAGUGACCUGCGCCAUCUGAGGGCCGUGCCCACUGACGAGGCCCGGGCCUUUGCAGAGAAAAACAACCUUUCAUUCAUUGAGACAUCAGCCUUGGACUCAACAAAUGUGGAGGAGGCUUUCAAGAACAUCCUAACAGAAAUCUACCGGAUUGUAUCACAGAAGCAGAUUGCGGAUCGGUCUGCACAUGAUGAGUCUCCAGGCAACAACGUAGUUGACAUCAGUGUGCCCCCCACCACCGACGGGCAGAAAGGAAACAAACUACAGUGCUGUCAGAACCUGUGAUGUUUCCCAAUCAUGCUUCUCAUUGCCCAAUCUCUUCCCACGAAGCUUGGUCUCCAUGUUCCUCAUACAUGCCAUAUUUUCAGUUGUCUUAACCAUGUUGUUAUGCUGCUGCUACUCAAAUUGGCUUCUUUCAACAAAACUUUGUAUGGCCUGUGCUGCAACUUGCAUCUAGGUGAGGUUUAUAAGCAGCCUCUGCCAAACUUACUCAUGUACAGGAAUUUCAUCUUAUGUCAUUAGCUUUACACAUUAAAAGGAAGUAGGGCUGGUGAGAGACGGUCAUAGUUCACAUUAGGAGAGAAAUUACUCACUUCAAGUGUUCAAGUACCCAGAGGAUUUCAACAAAUAGUUCAGGUUUAUGCAUCUAAGUAUUAUUGUUGCAGCUAUGCCUGCACCUAGUAAGUUAUUGAUUGUAAUUAAUAACUGGUGAGCAAUCCUGAUCCAAACCAUCUAACCAGGCCUUAGGGAUGGACUUACCAUAAAAUCCUGUGGUGAAUGCUUAGCUUAAAUAUUGACCACUAGAUGGUGCUGUGUACAUAACCAUGUGCUGUUGUCCAGACCUUUGGGGAUGAUAGAUUAUGCAUCUGUACAAAGUGACUCAAGUUAAGAUACCAAUAUGAUUUCAUAUGAUAAAUACAGACACACUGUAUCUAUUCAUAUGGAUUUAACUUACAUUGUUUUACUGUAAAUAAACUGUGUAUGAAUUA